GUUCGAUUUUCGCUUGAUCUGCUUACCUAGUUACCUACUUAGUGUGUCUACCAAAUUCCCGUCGUUUCCCCCCCAAACCCAAAACCCAACCCAAAACCUUUCCCACCGAGGUACACCAAGCGCGCCCGUUUUAUUUUGUUUCUCGCUGCCUAUCUUCAACAUGUCGACCGAAAAGCCCCUCCCUUUCAUUUACCAGUUCGCCGCAGGCGCCAUUGCCGGUGUCUCGGAGAUUCUGGUCAUGUAUCCUUUGGACGUCGUCAAGACACGAGUGCAACUUCAGACAGGAAAGGGCGUUGGUGCCGACCACUACAAUGGCAUGGUUGACUGCUUCCGCAAGAUCGUCCGCAACGAGGGCUUCGCGACACUAUACCGCGGGAUCACCGCCCCAAUCCUUAUGGAGGCUCCCAAGCGUGCGACCAAGUUCGCGGCCAAUGACGAGUGGGGCAAGAUUUACCGCAACCUUUUCGGCGUCGCCAAGAUGAAUCAGUCUCUCUCCAUCUUGACCGGUGCUAGUGCCGGUGCCACCGAGGCCUUCGUUGUCGUCCCCUUCGAGCUCGUCAAGAUCCGGCUGCAAGACAAAGCCUCCGCCGGCAAAUACAACGGCAUGCUCGACGUCGUCCGCAAGACCGUCCAAAACGAGGGCAUCCUGGCCAUGUAUAACGGCCUCGAGAGCACCAUGUGGCGCCACGUUCUCUGGAACGCCGGUUACUUUGGCUGCAUCUUCCAGGUCCGCGAGCUGCUCCCCAAGGCCGAGAACAAGACGGCUCAGGUCACCAACGACUUGAUCUCCGGUGCAGUCGGUGGCACCAUUGGUACUGUCAUCAACACCCCUAUGGACGUCGUCAAGUCCCGCAUUCAGAAUAGCCCAAAGAUCCCCGGGUCAACUCCCAAGUAUAACUGGGCCUGGCCCGCCGUUGCCACUGUCGCCAAGGAGGAGGGUUUCGGUGCUCUGUACAAGGGCUUCCUGCCCAAGGUUCUCCGUCUCGGCCCUGGAGGUGGUAUCCUGCUCGUCGUCUUCACUGGCGUCAUGGACUUCUUCCGCACCCUCAAGACCAACGCUUAGACUUGGCUAUAGAAAAGAUAGGAACCCAAAAGAGAAAAGAAAGAACGAAAAAGACAAGAGUGGGAAGAUCCGAUAUUGUAUAUCUUAUACGGGCAGAUACCAACGCCGGAGUUUUGUAUUCUGGCGCUCAGCAAUGCAAUCAUCAUUUUCGAA